CUCCACAGAGAGAGAGAGAGAGAGAGAGAGAGAGAGAGAGAUCAGGCGGUGGCCAUGGCGGAGGAGGUGGCCCAGCCCCAGCUGGGCAAGGAGGGGCUAGCGUGCAUCCUCAUGCAAGUCAUGUGCGCCGCGAAGAAGCUCAGGGCGCAGCGCGACCGCCUCCUGCACCUCCGGCGCCGGCUGCAGCAGCGCGACGGCGACGGCGACGCGGCCGUGCCCGAGGAGGUCGCCUCCGGCCUCCACAAGGUCUGCUUCGAGGGCCUCGCUGCCUGCAACGGCUACAUCACGUCCGGCCUCCUGAUCACGGACGAGCACGGCGCGCGCGACUCCUUCAGCAUCUCCGCCUUCGCCGUCAUCCCCGAGGACCAGCUCUACGGCGUGCUGCACAGCCAGUGGCUCCCGCCGCGGCCCGCCACCCAGGCCGACGCCUUCGCGCGCAUGGAGUCCGCCCUCUACGCCGUCAGCCUCGCCCAGGAGCACCACGUCCCGCGCUGCAUCGAGCUCCUCGUCGGCGUCCGGCCCCCGCUCGUCAAGGCCAAGCCUUUGGGCAGCGUCGCCGGCUACGCGGACGACCCGGUCCAGGGCGUCAACGAGCACCUCGCCAAGAACGGCUUCCCCGAUCCCGAACCGCCCACCGCCGCCGCCGCCGCUCAGGCGAACUGCAGCGUGGACCCGGACCAGGCGCUCACCUACCUCCACCGCGCGUGCUCCCUCGCCGGCCUCGCUCUCAAGCACAUCGACGUCGCCGUCGCCGCCAUCUCCGGCUGGCUCGACCCCGAGGAGGUCGCCGAGACAUCCGAAUGGGUCGCCGACAUGUCUGAGGAUGAUUCGGAUUGACCAGCUCACCUGAUCGAGGCUCUCAAAGCGGUGGAACGGUUGUGGGAUCUCUUUGCAUUGUUGAUCCAAGCCGAACUCACAUCAGUCGUUUAAUUUGUCUAUGCCCUCUAGUUCAUCCAAGCUGCAACCUUUUCUGAUUUCAGUUCUGUUCAGCCAGUCAGAUUAAUGUGCUGCUAGUACUGCUCAAGUUUAAUUUCUGGACGGCCGUGGUUAUCUUAGUGGUUUAAAAAUGUAGUAGUGGACUACUGUAAUGUCAUAUCUGCAUCUUAAUUUUCUGAGGACGAUCAAGUUUAAUUGCAGCAGAAUUGGGAAAUUUUGAACAGGCUAUGUUUUCCAA